AUGGCAUUCAGGAGGCAAGUGAAAAACUUUGUGAAAAAUUACUCAGAUGCUGAAAUAAAAGUCAGGGAAGCAACUUCUAAUGACCCUUGGGGUCCUUCCAGUUCUCUAAUGUUAGAUAUCAGCGACCUGACUUUCAACACAGUUUCUCUCUCUGAAAUUAUGAACAUGCUAUGGCAGAGACUCAAUGACCACGGGAAGAACUGGCGCCAUGUGUAUAAAUCUCUUACCUUAAUGGAUUAUCUCAUCAAGAAUGGAUCAAAGAAAGUUAUUCAGCAUUGCAGAGAGGGGUACCGUAACCUUCAAACUCUGAAAGAUUUUCAACACAUAGACGAAGCUGGGAAAGAUCAAGGUUAUUAUAUCCGGGAAAAAUCAAAACAAGUUAUAACAUUGCUGAUGGAUGAACAGUUGCUACAUAGAGAGAGGGAGGUAGCGUGUCGGACUAGACGGCGUACCUCCUACUCUAUGACAUUUCCUAAAAGAUUACCUGGUACCGGUAACUCACCAACAGCGUGUGCUUCUGCCCCCACACCAGAAAUUCCUGUUUCAGAGAAGAAGAAUAAGCUUCUUAAGGUUGCACGGCUACAUAAUAAAAAAAACACUUCCAAGGCAGGACAGAAACAAGAACAGUGUCAAGACAUUGAGGUGCCCAGUGGAACUGUCUUGUCCCAGGAAACACUACCCAUCAAGAUUAAUGCCUGGAAAUCGACAGAGGACCUGAUGUUAUUUUGUGAGGAUGAUCCAAAGCCAGUUUUGCCGACAAUUCCUACUUCCAUUAUCUCAUCAAUGGCGUGGUUGUCAGAAGGCUCUUUCAUUUGUUAUUUUACAGGUGCUGUGCCUGUUCCCUCAGAAAAAAGCCCAUCUCUGCAGACAAAUGUGAGUCUGGACAAGAACUCAGACAGUACCAUUACAAAGACCAUCACAGGAAACCCUUUGCAAAUGCCUUUAGAAAAGCAGUCAGCUGCAAAAAGCUGUGACACAUUGACAACUUUGUCAGCACAUUGGCCAACUAGUCAAGAAGAGUUCAUUGGCCCUCAUUUAAGGACAUCAAAAUCGGAUUCUACUUUCCGUAACCAGGCCUCUGUGGAGACACUGUAUGUCUCUCCCUCAUUCACAGCAUUUGACCCAAUGAAAGAGACUGUAAUCAGUAAGGGUCAUCAGAAAGCAACACAGUCCGGCCUGGUUCCGAUGGAGGAUGAAAACCUCAAGACCUUAGCCACGUGGGUUUCAACUGCGUCUGAGGGAGCAUUCUCCUAUUCUACUUUAUCUGUGUCAUCCCCUGAUUCAGCCUCUCCAGAGAAGUCUGUUCAUCCCUUACCCCCAGUUUUGGCCGGACCUUCCUUUUGGACUUUGUCCCGUCAAGAAUCUUCUUCUGCCUCUGUUAAAAAUAUAGAUAAGACAGCCAGGAUUCAUCACUCUUUUGCUCCUAGGAGUCCAUUGUCCUCCGAUGAAAAAGAAAAUGACAACCUCAACCUACUGGAAAUUCUUCCAGACAACUCUGAUUCUGCCAAAAAGAAGACAAGUUCUAUUUCUAGCAGUAAUUGGGUAGCGUUUUCCACACAAAAUGUAGACCAUUUCACCUCUAUGUCCUGUUCCAGUUCUCAGGCAACCAAAGACCUGUCUAGGGAACAUGAAGCAGACAAUUCCACUAAUGUUCUUCUAGGGGAGGUAAAAAAUGCCAUAGUCACAUUACACGAAGACCUGAGCAUGGUGAUACGAGAACUUAAUGUCAUCAGUAGUCGUCUGGUAAGCAUGAGUGGGUCCAGUCCACAAAUAAGCAAGUCUCUGCAGUUCCCCCAGUAUUCUGAGGCAGGCUCAGAUCAAGUCUAA